AUGCAAAUCGUCACAGUUUUCAAGUAAAAUUAAAUUUAGAGUGGUUUAACAUUGAAUCUAUAAGUAGUACAAAGAAAAAAUAUGGAGCCAAUUAUCUAUGAGUCUAUAAUCAAUGUCAGAAUGAAUCCAGUCUAAAGACUAAAGCAUCCGCAGCAAGUAUUAGAUAUCUAAUAAUUCAUUUAAGGAUUAGCAUAAGCUGGUUGUGGGUAAUAUGGCAUUGGCACAUACUGUUAUGGUAAUCCAUAAGAAAUCUGA